GAGUGAAGCUGUGGGCAGAAACCUUUGGCCGGGGCCUGUACGACACCAUGACCAGAUACUCCGGCUCCCUCUUGCUGCAGAAGAAAUACAAGGAUGUGGAGUCCAGUCUGCAGAUCGAGGAGGUGGAUGGCCUGGAGCUGGUGAGGAAGUUCUCGGAGGACAUGGAGAACAUGCUACGCAGGAAGGUCGAAGCUGUCAAGAGUCUGGUGGAGGCUGCUGAGGAGGCAGAUCUGAACCAUGAGUUCAACGCAUCUCUGGUGUUUGACUACUACAACUCAGUCUUGAUCAAUGAGAAGGAUGAGAAUGGCAACUAUGUGGAGCUGGGAGCCGAGUUUGUCCUGGAGUCCAACGCACACUUCAGCAAUCUGCGUGUGAACACCUCCAUCAGCAAUGUGCAGCUGCCCACCAACGUGUACAACAAAGAUCCAGAUAUUUUAAAUGGAGUCUACAUGUCUGAAGCCCUGAACCCUGUUUUUGUGGAGAAUUUUCAGAGAGACCCUACAUUGACCUGGCAGUAUUUUGGCAGCGCAACUGGAUUCUUCAGGAUCUAUCCAGGUAUAAAAUGGACACCGGAUGAGAAUGGAGUCAUUACCUUCGACUGUCGAAACCGUGGCUGGUACAUACAAGCUGCUACUUCUCCCAAGGACAUAGUGAUCUUGGUGGACAUAAGCGGCAGCAUGAAGGGGCUGAGGAUGGCUAUUGCCAAGCACACCAUCAUCACCAUCUUGGACACCCUGGGAGAGAAUGACUUUGUUAAUAUCAUUGCGUACAAUGACUACGUCCAUUAUAUUGAGCCCUGUUUUAAAGGGAUCCUGGUCCAGGCGGAUCGAGACAACCGAGAGCAUUUCAAACAGCUGGUGGAAGAGCUGGUGGUCAAAGGUGUGGGGGUCGUGGACCAGGCCCUGAAUGAGGCCUUCCAGAUCCUGAAGAAGUUCCAAGAGGCCCGGCAAGGAAGUGUCUGCAACCAAGCCAUCAUGUUGAUCACUGAUGGGGCCGUGGAGGGCUAUGAGCCAAUAUUCGAGAAGUAUAACUGGCCGGACCGCAAGGUCCGAGUUUUCACUUACCUUAUUGGGAGAGAAGUGUCCUUUGCUGACCGCUUGAAGUGGAUCGCCUGCAACAAUAAAGGCUACUACACGCAGAUCUCCACGCUGGCCGACGCCCAGGAGAACGUGAUGGAAUAUCUGCAUGUGCUGAGCCGCCCCAUGGUCAUUAACCAUGACCAUGACAUCAUCUGGACGGAGGCCUACAUGGACAGCAAGCUCUUUACCUCGAAGUCACAGAGCCUGAUGCUCCUCACUACCGUGGCCAUGCCUGUCUUCAGCAAAAAGAACGAAACAAGAUCCCAUGGCAUUCUCCUGGGUGUGGUGGGCUCUGAUGUAACCCUGAGAGAGCUGAUGAAGCUGGCACCCAGGUACAAGCUUGGGGUACACGGAUAUGCCUUUAUGAACACUAACAAUGGCUACAUCCUCUCACAUCCUGACCUCCGACCCCUGUACAGAGAGGGGAAGAAAUUGAAACCCAAACCCAACUACAAUAGCGUGGAUCUGUCUGAAGUGGAGUGGGAAGACAAGGCUGAAAUCCUGAGAACAGCCAUGAUCAAUAGGGAGACAGGUUCUUUCACUAUGGACGUGAAGGCUCCGCUGGACAAAGGGAAGCGAGUUCUUUUCCUGACCAAUGACUACUUCUUCACAGACAUCAGUGACACGCCUUUCAGCUUGGGAGUGGUGCUGUCUCAGGGCCAUGGGGAAUAUGUCCUCCUGGGGAACACAUCUGUGGAAGAAGGCCUGCACGACCUGCUUCACCCAGAUCUGACCGUGGCCAACGACUGGAUCUACUGCAUCACAGAUAUUGACCCAGACCACCGGAAGCUCAGCCAGCUGGAGGCCAUGGUCCGCUUCUUGACGGGGGAGGAUCCAGACCUGGAGUGUGAUGAAGAGCUGGUGCGGGAGGUGCUGUUUGACGCGGUGGUGACAGCCCCCAUGGAAGCCUACUGGACAGCGUUGGCUCUCAACAUCUCUGAUGAGUCAGAGCAAGGAGUGGACGUGGCCUUCCUGGGCACCCGGGCUGGCCUCCUCAGAAGCAGCUUAUUCGUGGGUUCCGAAAAGGUCUCCGACAGGAUGUUCCUGAUGCCUGAUGAUGAGACCAGUGUGUUCACGAUGAACAACUUCCCUCUGUGGUAUCGCCAGGCCUCCGAGCAGCCUGCUGGUAGCUUUGUCUUCAAUCUGCGCUGGGCAGAGGGACCAGUGGCAGUUACGGCCAGCACCGCUGUAACUGUGACGGUAGACAAGAAGACAGCCAUUGCAGCAGCGGUGGGAAUCCAAAUGAAGGUGGAAUUCCUCCAGCGCCAGUUCUGGGCAGCCACAGAGCAGUGCAGUGCUAUGGGUGAGCCAUGCCCAAAGAGCUGCAGGGACAGUGACCUGGACUGCUUCGUCGUGGACAACAAUGGCUUCAUUCUGAUCUCGGAGAGGUCGCAGGAGACGGGAAGAUUUCUGGGGGAGGUGGACGGCGCUGUCAUGACCCAGCUGCUCAACAUGGGGGUGUUCAACCAGGUGACUAUGUAUGACUACCAGGCCAUGUGCAAGCUUCCGGAUCACCACCACAGCGCAGCCCAGCCCCUGGUCAGCCCAAUCUCUGCCCUGCUGAUGGCAACCAAGUGGCUGAUGAGUGAGCUCUUGCUGCUCCUGCUGGAGUGGAGUGCCUGGGGCUCCUGGCAUGACAGAGUGGCAGAGGCCCACAAGCAUAAGAAGCAGGAGCUGCUGCAUCCCUGCGACACAGAGUACCCCGUGUUUGUGCACCAGACAGCCAUCCAGGAGACCAACGGCAUCAUCGAGUGUGGGGCCUGCCAGAAGAUAUUUGUGAUGCAGCAGAUUCCCAAGACCAACCUGCUCCUGCUGGUGACAGAUCCCACCUGUGACUGCAGUGUCUUCCCACCAGUCCUGCAGAAGGCCACAGAAGUCAAAUAUAAUGCCUCUGUCAAGUGUAACAGGAUGCGCUCUCAGAAGCCCCGCCGGAGACCAGAUUCCUGCCAUGCCUUUCAUCCAGAGGAGAACGCUCAGGACUGUGGCGGCGCCUCGGACACGUCAGCCUGGCUCCCCCUGCUCCUGCUGCCUCUGGGUGCCUGGGUGCUGCCACUUCAGCUUCUGCGGUGACACUCACUGCAAGGGGAACCUUCCAGAGACAUUCUAAGAAGUUAGCCUCUGGUGUGGGAUGCAGUUCACUACAGAUGGAUUACCUCCCGGGCCUGUGCUCAUCCUGGGCUAAUGGUCCCUGCUUCCAGAGAUUGCUGGAAGAACAAGAGAACAAAGCCUCAGAUGCCAUUUUCCAAAGACCCUCCAGGGUGCCUGGUACCGUUCACCCAGGCUCUGUGGACAUCCUGCUAUGCUUCGUCUCUUCUCUUCAGGAGUCCAGCAUGAGCCAGACUUAGACCAAGACAAAAGAGUUAGUUCCACCUAUUCUGCAGAUCAGACCUGUUUCUAAUGAAGCAGGCUGAUCUUCAGAACCCACGGACCUACAGGUGCUGAGCAGGAGGAGCCGAGUAAGGCCAAGGGCAGGGAGGAGACUGAGGCAAGAGCAUGCCUGGCUGAAACAGGAGGAUGGAGCAUUUC